AUGAGAAACAUAGUUGAUGCAGCAGCGCAUAACGCUUCGUCAAUAGUAGAUCUUCCGGAGGAUUUGCUAGUAGAGAUACUCUAUAGGUUAUCGGAGGCUUGUCUGGCACGUCUCCGAUGUACCUCAAAAGGAUGGAACACUCUUAUCAAAAAAGAUAAGAGACUUGCCAAGUCUCAGAUCAUCAUGUUGAUUGGUUUUAGGGUUUAUUUAGCAAGCAUUGAUCUCAAUGGAAUUCACGACAAAAACGUUGUAAAGGUAACAAGUCAAUUAAGUCUCAAAGAUCCUCUUUCUACUACUUCUCCUAAAGAAGUCGAUAUAAGGGAAGUAUUUCACUGCGACGGCUUAUUGCUAUGCACCACCAAGGACGAUAGACUUGUGCUUUGGAAUCCAUGUUCAGGUGAAACCAGGUGGAUGAUCAAACCCGUAGGUCCCUCCUUCAAGAAAUUUAAUUACUACGCUCUUGGUAAAACCUCCUCCUCCAACAAGUACAAAAUCUUGAGGAUUCGUCAACAUGGAAUUGGUUAUUAUAAAUGCUUAGUUGAGUACGAAAUCUAUGACUUUACCUCUGAUUCUUGGAGGGUUGUGGGUGAGACUAGCGACUGGUCCAUUCACGGGUUGAGGCGUCGGGGCAUGUCUGUGAAUGGAAAUACUUACUGGCUUGCCUCCAGUCCUUUUCCAGACUCGCAAAACGAUUUCUUAUUAAGUUUUGAUUUCUCAACAGAGAGAUUCGAAAGUGUGUCUCUUCCAGUUGAUGAUUUUUCUUAUGUACCUAUGGCUUUAUCAGUUACUAGAGAAGAGCAAAAACUUUGUCUGUUAGGUAUGAGAGAUCAUUACUAUGAUAUACAUGUGUGGAUAGCAACUAAGAUUGAGAGUACCGGAGCCAUGUUAUGGAGCAAGUUCCUAACAGUGAAAGAAUCAUUUUAUCGCCAGUUUCUUAUAUUAUGUAGUGGGAUGAAUUUUUUGGCCGAUCGGGAGAAUAACAUGUUACUGUGUCCCGGUAGACAACAGAACUCAAACAGCUUCUUACACAUUGUCGGAAAGGAUAAAUACAUGGGAGUGGAUCAUCAUGAUGCAGGAUCUAAAUGCUUAGUCGUCUGUUAUGUUCCAACUUUAGCUCAAAUCCAACAAGGUUCUUAA